AUGCUGCAGACAUAUUUCCCCACCAUGCUGAUGGUGCUGCUGUCCUGGGUCUCCUUCUGGAUCGACAGGAGGGCUGCCUGCACGCCUCUCUCUGGGUUAACACAUACACACAGGGAAACGCACCCCUGAACACACCGCUGAACACACCUGUAACACACCCCUGAAGACACCCCGGAACACACCCCUGAACACAUCUAGCUAGAGCUAAACACACACCCCAAUUCACAUGAUUAUACUUCUAGAUACUAGAUACAGUACAUAAUAGGUUAUACACACAGACACCUCUCCCUUUAGAGCUCUCCAGCCCUGACACGCCUGCUGUCCCCCUCCCACACACAGACACCUCUCCCUUUAGAGCUCUCCAGCCCAACAAGCCUGCUGUCCCCCCUCCCAACACACAGGACACCUCUCCCUUUAGAGCUCUCCAGCCCUAACAACGCCUUGCUGUCCCUCCCCUCCCCCACACACAGACACCUCUCCUUUAGAGCUCUCCAGCCCUACACGCCUGCGUCCCCUCCCCACACACAGGACACCUCUCCCUUUAGAGCUCUCCAGCCCUAACACGCCUGCUGUCCCCCUCCCACACACAGACACCUCUCCCUUUAGAGCUCUCCAGCCUAACACGCCUGCUGUCCCCCUCACCACACCACAGACACCUCUCCCUUUAGAGCUCUCCAGCCCUAACACGCCCUGCUGUCCCCCUCCCCACACACAGACACCUCUCCCUUAGAGCUCUCCAGCCCUAACACGCCUGCUGUCCCCCUCCCCACACACAGGACACCUCUCCCUUUAGAGCUCUCCAGCCCUAACACGCCUGCUGUCCCCCCUCCCCACACACAGACACCUCUCCCUUUAGAGCUCUCCAGCCCUAACACGCCUGCUGUCCCCCUCCCCACACACAGACACCUCUCCCUUUAGAGCUCUCCAGCCCUAACACCGCCUGCUGUCCCCCUCCCCACACACAGACACCCUCUCCCUUUAGAGCUCUCCAGCCCUAACACGCCUGCUGUCCCCCUCCCCCACACACAGACACCUCUCCCUUUAGAGCUCUCCAGCCCUAACACGCCUGCUGUCCCCCUCCCCACACACAGACACCUCUCCCUUUAGAGCUCUCCAGCCCUAACACGCCUGCUGUCCCCCUCCCCACACACAGACACCUCUCCCUUUAGAGCUCUCCAGCCCUAACACGCCUGCUGUCCCCCUCCCCACACACACCUGGCCUUUUCCUUCAGUUAUCACUACAGUACCAUGUCCACCAUCAUUACUGGGGUGUCCUCCUCCAUGCCACAGGUAAGUGUCAAUGUGUGUGUGUGUGUGUGUGUGUGUGUGUGUGUGUGUGUGUGUGUGUGUGUGGUGUGUGUGUGUGUGUGUGUGUGUGUGUGUGUGUGUGUGUGUGUGUGUGUGUGUGUGUGUGUGUGUGUGUGUGUGUGUGUGUGUGUGUGUGUGUGUGUGUGUUUGUGUGUGUUUGGGGUGAGGGACUAGCGGGUUUUCUUGAGUGUUUAACUGACUGUGUGUGUGUGUGUGUGUGUGGGACCCUACUAAGUAUGUGUGUGUUUGUGUGUGUUCCAGGUGUCUUAAUGUGAAGGCGGUGGACAUCUACCUGUGGACCAGCUUCCUGUUUGUGUUCCUGUCAGUGAUAGAAUAUGCUGCUGUCAACUACUGUUCUAUGCUGGAGGAGAUGAGACGACUGAAGAGAGGAAAGGUCAGGGGUCAUCCAUAUCCAGGAUUUUGUUGAGAGAGUAUUCUCUCUACACAACACUGCUCUCUAGUGUUCAGAUAUGAGAAAUUAAGACUCCAUGAAAUCACCACAAGUUUCUUUCCUAAUAUGUUGAAUGUGAUCCACACAUUGUAUUGAGAUGUAUUCUAUAUGUGUGCGUGUCUGUCCCCCCAUUCAGCUCACAACCUCCUAUAACGCCAGCCAGGCCAUGGCCUUCGACGGCUGUUUCCACAGCAAUGACAUCGAACUGACCCUGUUCCCCCAUCUGCCACCCCAGAACCCUGAGGACCCGCCCACCGAGGGGACACGUCUCCGCCGACAACGGCCGGUGCGGGAGAACGUGGACCUGCUACUUAUUUACAGCUACUUGAUCGAGUCGUACUUCCGCAUGGCCUUCCCUCUGUCCUACCUGCUAUUCAAUACCAUGGUAGAACCUGAUGGGGCCCUACUGACUAUACUGCUGGGACUGCUGGGACCCUACUGA